GCAUGUAGUAAUAAUGCACCAUUACUACAUAAUGGCACAUUAUGUAGUAAUGUAAUAAAAUUGGGUUUUAGAAUGUAAUAAAGCAUCAUUCAAAGCGCAUUCUGUAAUACUUGAUGCAAAAUUAGGUGAAAUCCACGAAUCCAUUUUGAAUCGUUUUGCCUUGAACGACAUGUAGGUUAAUACCGAGGGUCCUGGCUACGAGUCUGGAAAGGUAACUAAAUGAUUAAAAGUUUGGCAUUUAUUGACCAAAGUUUACAUUUUUAAAAGUAUCGGAUCCACAGCAUAACUGUUGUAGACGCACAUCGAUCAACAAAGUAUCUAAUCAUUAUAUUGGAAGUAUUGGACGUACAAUGGUUAGGAAGAAGACAAACAGUUUUUGUCAGUUGUUUAUUUUAUAACAAUAGUAGUAUUCUAGAGGUAGCUCCUUAUUUUGUAACGAUCAACACUAAAUUUAAGGUUGUUACAUAAUGUGGAUGAAAGUGUUGCAAAAUAAUUGAAGGAUUUUAUUACAUUUUCUGUUGAUUGUCACAUAUUGUGGUCUCAAUGAUGUUUUAUUACAUUUGAAGUUUGAUUUUUAUUACGUUAUUACAUAAUCCUGCGUUACUGGGAGCCUCAUACUUUUAUUUCUCUGUGUAAAUCAGUAUAGCUUAUGGAGACAGAGUUAUAUAAAGCUUUAUACAACUAAUUUAAAGUCUGAGUCUUUACGCCUUUGCCUUCCUGCGGCCUCUGUGUACUAAACCAGAACUGUCUUUUACCGUAAAUUUUUCCCUCUUAUUGUAGCCUUACAUUGUGCUUCCACAAACAAGACUUCAACAUUACAAUAUUUGUUUUAUGUUGUGUUAAUGUAGAGUAGCUUAAGAAAGAUUGGCAACAUAUUCGACAAGAGUCAGUGAUGACUUAGCUAGCUCCCAGGCUAACAGGACACAGCGGCCAAGUAUGACAUGAGUAUUUACUCAGCUGUAUAAUGCCUCUUCACUUGUCGUGAGUCUCGGAUAUAUUUAUUGUGACAGAUUGAUGUUACCGUAGUUAUAAUUUACUUGCUCAGUGAGGAGAAAUUUAGUAUAUUUUCACUGCUAGCUUAACUUUUAACUGGUACUUAACUGCUAGCUUAGUGACCUAAGCAUAAUGUGCCACUCAGCUAGCAAGUGAGCAAAGCUGACAAACCGCUAUCUUAGCUCACCAAGUGAAGCUGCUCGGUAGGUUUUGACCGAAAGUUAAAAACCUGGUCCCAGUCUGUUACUUUUUAGAUUUCAGAAUUCAGUGAUUCUUGAGAAUAGGGACAAAACAGGUCCCAUGGAUAAAGUACAAAAUUUGAAUAAAAUAUACACCAAAUAUAUAUUUUUUAAAUAUCUGACUAAACUAACCUGGGUCAUCUGAGCACAACAAUGUAUGUUUUCCUGGUGUUUGCUGAAUAUUUUUUUAUUUUAAACAUUGUAGUAGGUGAAUGGUGUCUGUAAAAGCCCUUGUCCUGGUGUAGAACUCAAUACAUUAUCAUAGUUUAAAAGAACUAAAAUAAUUAUAUUUAGUUGUCAUAAUAUAUUAUUUUAUAAGUAUUCAAACAACUAACUUCAUAACUAUCAAUGAAUGCAAUUAAAAGUCAUUUAAUGUAUUUUCAAAUUCAAUUGAAAUUGUGUCCUCAGUUUUUGUCAACACCGUCAGACAUAGAAAGAAUGUGAAAAAAAUCAGGCAUUAUUGAAGGGCACCAGAAAUUCUGAGGACCCCAUGACCACUUCCUUUCUCUUCCUGUGCUUGGGGGGAUAAGCAGCUCUGGCUACAAUGGCCAGAGAAAAGCUGUCAGUGGAGGAGCGCAAGAGAAGGAACAGGGAGUAUCAGAAAAGAAGGAGAGAAAAAAUAAAUAGCCAGCCUGAGCUGAAGGAAGAGUUUUUAAGAAAGGAAAGGAAAAGAUGGAGACAGAGAGUGGAAGAGGGAAAAAUAAAACAUAUCAAUAAUCUGGGUGAAAGAGAUAAGAGACGUAAGAGAAGACUUUGGAAGCAAAAACAAAAGGAGGCAAGAGAACGCAGAAGUACAAUCCUGUCACUAUGGACAAAAUCUCCCGCAGAUCACACUUCACACAGGCAUGUUCUACACUGGGCAACAAAAAGCAGGAUUCUGCACAAUCUCGGAGUCAAAGCGUCAGGAUGCUGCAGCCAUAUGGACCUAUAUGGAUCAAAUCCUCACAGAUAUUCACAUCAGAUAUCCGGCUAUAAACACUAUCCACUUUUGGUCUGAUGGUCCAAGCAAACAAUAUAAAAAUAAGAAGAACUUCUUUCUCCUCUGUGUUGUCCCGCAACGUCUGGGAUUUGAGAAAGCUACAUGGAAUUUCUUCCCAACAUCACAUGGCAAAGGCGCUCCAGAUGGCAUUGGGGCGACGGUGAAGAGAUGUGCUGACAGUAUUGUGCUGAGAGGUCAGGAUAUCAUAGAUGGCAAAUUAUUCUUUGACAAGGUGUCCAACAGCUUAAGUGGUGUCAAGCUGCAAUUUGUGACAAAUGAAGAUUUUCAGUCUUAUGACUCUCUCCUCCUGCAAACCCUGAAAUCAAUUCCAGGAACAAGAAACAUUCACCAAGUGCUAGCUCAGGGGAAUGUCAUCCAUUGUAGGUUCCUUUCAUGUUUUUGCGGAGAGCCACAGAUUUGCAAGUGCUUCAGUCCCACCAUUCACUCUUUUGGCAACACAACACAGGACCCAGAUGUCCAUGAAAGUUCAACCACUGCUAAAGUUCAAAAUCCUCUGGAAAUGCUGAUGGAGGAAAUGGAGAAGGAGCCGAGCAAGACACCUAAAGGAACAACAACCCUGAUAGAUCCUUGUGAUGUCCAAAGUGAAGACUGGCUUGUUGUGAUGUAUGAUGGAAAGUGGUGGCUGGCUAAAGCCUUACAAAUUGACAAAGAGCACGAAGAUGUACAAGUGGAAUUUUUUCAUCCUCAUGGACCAACUCUUAGCUUCAAGCAAAAACAAGGUCGUCGGGAUAUCUGCUUUGUGCCAUUUUCGGAUGUCCUAGUUAGGCUGAGAAAACCAUCCUCACCAGUCCGCACAAGCAGCACCAGGGGUGUAUACCGCAUUUCACCAGCUGUUAUGGAUUUUAUUGAAGGAGAAUAUGUGACACGUCUAUUGCCUGGGGAUUAAAUAUUCUGACUUUUAAGCGAUUUAGAAAGAUAUGAAUUAGUUCACAAUAUAUUUCAAAAAGUUCUGUCGUGUAUAUUUUUGUUUGUAUUCAUCUUUUACAUUUUGAUUGAAAAUCGUCCUGGUUGAUGACUUCAGUGACAAAGGUACAUUCUCAAAAAUUUAGAUGUUCCUUGAAAUCUAAAUAUGGUUAUUUCACAUUUUUUCUUCAUAUCUUCACAUUCUACAACAUUUCAGCAUUUAAUUCUUCUUAAAUGUCAUUUCAAGUUCAGUGUUUUCUUUUUACUUACUAGUUUGUCACCACCAUCAGUUUUGUGUCAACACCGUCAUGUGCCGUCAACUCUGUCAGAUGUAGUUUAUGUUGCAUUUUGUUUAAAAUAACAUUUAUUUUGUUUCUUGAUAGGCAUUUGUUUGUGAAAUGUCUGAAUUCAUGUAUUUGGUGCAUAUGUGUUUUUUACUAAUAAAUGACACUGUUCAUUGUGGUGAUUACUUUCAAAAUUGUUUUUUGUAUCAAUUGAACUGGAGUAAUUAAAUACAGACUAAAUAAAUGUUUAAAUUGUGGUAUGAUUAAUUUAAAAAACAUGGACAUAAUUAAAAUAAUUAAGACACCACAGAGAGUAAAAAUAUCAGUCAUAAGUUCAUUAAAAAAUAAUUUUAUACCAAUUUAUUUUUGUCUGAUGGUGUUGACAAAUUUCUCAGUCAGAUCCAGUAAAAAUGUAAUUUAAAAGAAAAUGCUGCAGCUGGGAGCCUGCACCUUAACAUAUUUACAUUCCCAAAACAUUAUUUGUCAUGUAUGAAUACAUAACUUCAGGAAUAAAUAACAUUUUUGGUGGAAGAAUUUUAAAACCAUUUUGUCCCUUAUCUCAAGAAUCACUGAAUUAAUAAAUCACAAAACUUCGUUUGCUUAUUACGCAACUCUUUCUUUUCACUCCAAAUGUCAAGAGUGUAGUUUUCUGCGUGGUCAGUAAGUAAGCGGGUCAGUAAGUGAGCGGGUCAGUAAGCACGCUGUUUGUUUGCCUGGUCGCUCCCUGGCACAGCUGGCAGCAUGCCUGAACGUGACCAGCCGUCAGCUGAUGCGGGGUCGCAGGGCGGCACUGACAGCUGUGCUCCUCAGACCACAUUCAGGUCUCGCCUUAAUCUCAGUGAGAAGUAGCUGGCUUUGGGCCGCACUGCACAGCUGUUGUGUGGGUGGGAUGAACUUGACCUGUGGCUGGUAGCAAUCUCGGACCGCAUCACAUCAUCCAAUCUGUUCCUGCAAUAAUAAUAAUAAUAAUUAAAAAAAAAAU